AUGGGUACUCGAUCAGAAGGCAAAAAGGAGGAAACUUUGAAUGAGCCCAUUAUCAGUCUAUCUUCCAGGAAAGAUGAGAAUUUUGAGGAAUGGUACUCCGAGGUUGUUGUUAAUGGAGAGAUGAUUGAGUAUUAUGACAUACCUGGCUGCUAUGUAAUGAGACCGUGGGCAAUCUCGAUUUGGGAGAUCAUGAAAGAGUUUUUUUAUGCCGAAAUCAAGAAAAUGAAAAUUAAGAACUGCUACUUUCCUCUCCUCGUGUCUGCUGAUUUUCUACAUAAGGAGAAAGAUCAUAUAAAGGGAUUUGCUCCUGAGGUUGCAUGGGUUACAAGGUCUGGCGAAUCUGAACUAAAGCUGCCCAUUGCGAUUCGUCCGACCAGUGAAAGUGUCAUGUAUCCAUAUUUUUCCAAGUGGAUUAGGGGCCACCGUGACUUACCUUUGCAGUUUAAUCAGUGGUGUAAUGUUGUCAGAUGGGAAUCCAGAAAACCAACCCCGUUUAUCAGGAGUUGUGAGUUUCUGUGGCAGGAAGGACAUACAGCUUUUGCAACCAAAGAAGAAGCGGAUAACGAGGUGCUUGACAUCUUAGAACUAUAUAGACGCAUAUACGAAGAGUUCUUGGCUGUUCCUGUUAUUAAGGGCAAGAAAACCGAAAAUCACAAGUUUGCUGGUUCACUCUAUACAAAUACUGUUGAGGCUUUUAUCCCCAACUCUGGACAUGGAUUGCAAGGUGCAACCUCAAACUGUUUGGGCCAACAUUUUGCAAGAACAUUUGAAAUAAAUUUCGAGAAUGAGAAGGGCGAAAGUGUCAAUGUCUGGCAGAAUUCUUGGGCUUACACCACCAGAACAUUAGGGCUGAUGGUAAUGGUUCAUGGUGAUGAUAAAGGCUUGGUCCUCCCUCCUAAAGUGGCUUCCCUUCAAGCAAUUGUUAUCCCUAAUGUGUCCUCUUUCAGUACGAAUUUCCAGGCUAUCUUUGACGAAUGUGAAGCAAUCGUAAAAAAUCUGACUGAGGCCGGUAUUCGUGCUGAUUUUGAUCUUAGAGAUAAUUAUUCGUACGAGUGGAAAAACUCUCAUUGGGAGAUGAAAGGGGUGCCUCUCAGGAUAGGAAUAGGACUCGAAGACUUGGCAAAUAAGAAGGUUCGUGCAGUUAGACGUGAUAAUUUUGAAGAAAUUGAUAUUCCUAUGGCAAAUUUGGUCGAGCAAGUUAGAAACUUGCUCGAUCAUAUCCAACAAAAUCUCUUUGAAGUUGCCAAACAAAAGCGGGAUUCAUGCAUUCGAGUUGUUCAUAGCUGGGAAGAAUUUGAUGAAGCACUUAACCAGAAAAAGCUGAUUUUCGCUCCUUGGUGUGAUGAUGAGGCGGUGGAAAAGGACGUGACAAACCGCACAAACAAUGAUGCAAAGUCUUUGUGUUCUCCACUCGAUCAGCCUCCAAUUCCAGAGGGUACGUUGUGCUUUGCUUCUGGAAAGCCUGCUACGAAAUGGACCUAUUGGGGAAAGAGUUUCUGA